GAGGGAUCUGCUUUGUCCCGGUGCUGCCUCUGCCAUGGAGCCGUGGGUGCUGCUGGAUCCGCGGCAGAAGGCCCUGUACCUCGACGUGAUGCACGAGAGCUACGAGACCCUCAUGUCCCUGGCUCAGGGGCUGGUGAGUGAAAAAGCCGUGGAGAAAGGAGCAGCGGAGAGCAGUGCUGGGCUCAGGCCACACUCAUCCCACAGCCUGGAGCGGGAGAAGCCCCUGGGCUCCCACAGGCGCAAAGCGAGGCGCCCAGACAAAGCCGUCCCCCCUGGGACCCCCAAACCCACCACGCUCCCCAAACUCAGCUGUGUCAAACCCCUGCGUGGAAAAGGCCCAGCCCGGGAGCGUCCGUUCGGCUGCGCCGACUGCGGGAAGAGCUUCCCAUGGGCGUCGCACCUGGAGCGGCACCGGCGCGUCCACACGGGCGAGCGGCCCUUCGGCUGCCCCGAGUGUGGCGAGACCUACAGCCAGAGCUCGCACCUGCUGCAGCACCGCCGCAGCCACGCCAGCGACCGCCCGCACAAGUGCGGCGACUGCGGGAAGCGCUUCGGCGCCGCGGCCGAGCUGGCGGCCCACGGCCGCGGCCACGCCGCCGACAAACCUCACAAGUGCGAGGACUGCGGGAAGGGCUUCGUGUGGGCGUCGCACCUGCAGCGGCACCGGCGCGUCCACACCGGCGAGAAGCCCUUCGAGUGCGCCGAGUGCGGCGAGGCUUUCAGCCAGGGCUCGCACCUCGCCAAGCACCGCCGCAGCCACACGGGCGAGCGGCCGCACCGCUGCCCGGCCUGCGGGAAGACCUUCUGCCAGAGCUCCGACCUGGCGCGGCACCGCCGCACGCACCUGGGCAGGAAGGCGCUGCGCUGCGGCGACUGCGGGAAGUUGUUCCGGGCAGGGCCGGCGCUGGCGCGGCACCAGCGGUGCCAUCGCCGGGAGCACUCGCACCGCUGCAGCGACUGCGGGAAGGGCUUCGUGUGGGCGUCCCACCUGGAGCGGCACCGGCGCGUCCACACCGGCGAGCGGCCCUUCCCCUGCGGCAGCUGCGGCGAGCGCUUCACCCAGAAGGCUCACCUGCUGCAGCACCGCAAGACCCACUCGCCAGAGAGGCCCUACAAGUGCGGCGACUGCGGGAAGCGCUUCGGGGAAGCCCCGCUGUUCCUGGUGCACCAGCGUGGCCACGCUGCGCACAAGAGCUACACCUGUGACGACUGCGGGAAGGGCUUUGCCUGGGCGUCGCACCUGGAGCGGCACCGCCGCGUUCACACCGGCGAGAAGCCCUUCAAGUGCCCCGAGUGCGGCGAGGCUUUCAGCCAGGGCUCGCACCUCGCCAAGCACCGCCGCAGCCACCUCCCCAAGGCUGCGGGGCCCUCGCCCCUUGCCAGGACACGGCUCGCCGGGGACACGCCUGCAGCUCAGAGCAGCGAGGAUCCCUAAGGACUCAGAUGUUCCUCGCUGUGAUGGAUGUGGAGACACGACGGAGGGAAAACUUGUCUUGGCGACAAGCAAGGACGACGAGUGACGCUUGAAGGACACCGGGGUGGGUGACAGGGGUGCUCUGUUGUGGCACAGAUUUAUCUGCCCUGGUGUCUACCCACAGCAAUGGGUGAACAUUUGCACCUGCUGCAGUCCAGACCCCAGAAAAGGGACAAGCUGGGGGAGAAGGAGCCUAUUCCCGAAGGAAACAGCGCUUGGCUCCAUCAGGGAAGGGUGGGGGAACCAGGGCUGGUUCUGAUGCAAAAAUGCAGUGGUGUUGCGCCCACUUUGUGCUGCCAGCAGGCGGGAGAAGAGGAUGGAGGGGGCAAGAUGCUCAGGGUGAGCAGGAGGUGCUGGCACAGGGCAGGAAUAAAGUGGG